AUGCUGCAGGAGUACACGGGGGGGAGUUGCAUCUCCUACCGCGUCAACCCGCAGCGAGGGGGCUGUGUGGAGAUUGUUGCGGAGGUCUAUGCGCAGGACUUCUUCAGAGAGCAUGACGGUUUGGUCACCUCUCCGACGAUGCCGAGCACACCGACGGGGUCGACAUCAGCGCGGCAAGCGCUUCGCCGUGUGGUGACCGCCCUCGAGCGCAUCUUCCUACCGGACGGCUACCCGAGUAGCGUCACGGAGGACCUGCUGCCGUUCGCCUUCUGGGCUCACGUUCAGGUGUUGGCGAAGAACGUGACCGCAACACUGAGCACGCGAGCGGUGCUCCUUGGCGUGGGCGUGGGCGAGUCGAAGGCCGACCUCACCAGCUCCACGCUUUCCUGGAUGAUGCAAGACGGUGCGCGGAUGAUCGGCAGCGUCGUGUUCGCCUCCGUCAUCCCGCAAGGCCUCGAGUGCCGGGCAAAGACGUGGCAGCUGGUGACCGACUUCAUCCAUGACAGUGCCCACCUACUCGAGCUGUGUUCUCCAUGGCUGCCAGGCGGUCAGGCUAUCUUCCGUGUGGUGUUGGUUGCCGCAUCCGUCAUCAAGGCGCUCGCCAGCGUGUGCGGCAACGGCACGCGCGCGCCCUUCACUCAACACUUCGCGCUCCGUAACAACGGCGCAGACAUCGCUGCCAAAGCCGCCACGCGCGGCCACGUCGGCGGUCUCAUUGGCCUUGCCUUGGGCAUAGUCAUCGCCUACAUCGUCCCUGCCACGUCGAGGCGUCUUAACUUGGCUGUCUUCGCGCUCUGCAGCGCUGUUCACAUCUUUGCCAACUACCGCGGCGUGCGUGGGGUGCAGCUGAGGCACCUGAACGCCCCUCGCCUCGAGUGGUGCUUGGAGCAGUACUACCUCUUCAAAGCAAAGGUGCUCAUCGCGUCCAAGAAGGACUCAGGGCCGCUGUCGGUGAUGCCGAUCCUCGACGUCUCCCCACGUAGCGCCAACGCCGCGGAGCGCCUGCUCAUCUUGCCGUCGCUCCGCGCCGUGCCGCCACCGAGCAACAGUUUCUACGACAGCGUCUACCGCUUUCUCCGCCGGUACUGUUUUCCUGCCACGCUCACGCUGCGCAUCCACUGUGGGGCGUCACUCUGUCGUGUGCUGCAGCAUCAGAACGGUCUGACGACACCGCGCAAGCACGAACUGGUGCAGCAGGUCGAGUCAGCCCUGGCGUCCCACGGCGUUGCCCUGCUCGUCGACGAUACGGACAUGACGUACUACGUGAUCUUACCCCAGCACUUCACUGUGGAGGGGGUGCCGGAGAUCUGGGUGCGAUCCAAGCGGCAGCACGAGGCUGGCUUGAAGUGCAUCGAGGCAAAGCAGCGCCAGUCGGUAGCGGCACGUGCAGCGCAGCGGGGCCAGGACAGUGUGGCAUCACCAUCACCUUCUGGGGCAGCAACUGCUGCUCCUAAUGCGGGGCGCCGCUUGGAUGAGACGGGCAGGCAAGCCGCGCAGGUGGAGGCGGAGCUUGAGCGACUGCAGAAGGAGCGCGUCGUCUUUCCGCCGCACAUUUUGCCACUCGCCUACCGGCAGCUAUGGGCGUACUUUUACGCCUUCAUGCACUACAGAGCCGUGCGCUUGCGCCGUGAAAGCCUGCUGACGCACGCUAAAGGCGUCCGCGAUGACUUGCACAAGAAUCAGUCGCUUGAGGACCAGCGACUUUACAUCAUCACCGCCUUACGCGCUGACGGAACGCUGGAGGCGGGCCACAGUGACGCCAGUGACGCACCGUACUCACCGGCUGAGUUCGAGGAAAUUACGUCGCCGUCGUCCAUCACGUCUGAUUUGCCCCUCAAGAGGUACGUCGUUCCGGCCUUGGCAAGUCGUGUGGACGGCGACGACGGUGGCAACACCGCCGCCCCAUCGUACGACAGGCUGUACCCGCAGUUCCUGGAGUUUGUGCGUGCGCUGCGAAUAACUGGCUGGGAGCUUGACGAGUUGCUGGUCCGCAAUGAGGGCUACACCACGGUUGUGCAUUAUCUGUAG